GUGGCGGAAAUUCAUAAUAAAAAGGGAAAUCUUUAAUUCUUCAGUAACUGCAAUGGCCAAACCGGGCGAGCGAGCCCUACAGGCUAUCAAGGAGCAGAAUAAGGCGGUAGCAGUAUUCAAAACACCCAACGUUCCCAAGGCUAAAGCGAAAGAUAAAAUCAUCCUAACCGAGGAAGAAUAUCUACAGGAAAUGGGUAAAAUCAUACAACGCGAUUUCUUCCCGGAUUUGAAGAAGUUAAAGGCGCAGAACGAAUAUUUGGAUGCCCUAGCGAACAAUGACGUUUUCAAAAUGAGACAGAUCUUCUCAAAGUACAGCUCCAAAAGGCCCAAUUCUUCACGAAUCGGUAAGGCCAGUCCCGCUACAUUCGAAACACCAUUGCCGGAUACAACGCCAGCAAGCGAAGUUCCACCAUCGAUUCGGUCGACUUCCAGUGUUGGUUCAAACAAAUCCACCAAAACACUCGGUGAUAAGCACUCGCUGGACAGCUUUUUGCAAUCGUAUACAAGCGAGGACAAUGACAGCUUUCAGGAGAUUAUCGAAACGGCCGAUCGGAAGCUGCGCCAACGGUUUGCGGUGCUCUACGAAGCGGAGGGUACAUCCGCCAUCGAGAUGGGCCAGUGCUUAGCGCUGCCCAGUAUCGAACAACAGUUCAAUCAGCAAGAGCGUCCCAAACAACUGGACAUGUGGCGAUACACGAACAAAAACUACAUCAUGUACACCCCGGACGGGGUUGAGUUGACGAAGGAAGAGCAGUUAGAGAUGGCCAAACGGAAGCAGGAAAUCAGUCACAGCAGCACCCGACUGCAUUACAAUCCCUUUAACGAGCAGGACAGCCGGCAAGCGAUUGUGGAAGCGGCAAAAACGCAGGCCAAACAUUUGCCGGAGAAAAUCGGCGUCGAUGGCCGGGUGGUGGAUCAAUCCGCCGGCGACACGCCACAGGUGCGUGGUUUCGGCUUCGUGAAAAGUCCCUCACCUUGUCCGGGUGUAACGGACAGUCCGCUAUUUACGUGGGGUGAAAUCGAAGGCACUCCGUUCCGGUUGGAUGGUGGGGACACACCGCUGCACCCGUCGGCCGGAGGACCAUCGUUCCGUAUAGUGGAAACGUCGAAGCGGGAAAAUUUAGCCCUACAGUUGGCGGAAAAGGCUGCGGAAAAAUCCCGCGAAAAGAAAGCGAAAGCGAUCGAAGCGGCCCGGCGUAACAUUGCCUCCCCUUCGGUGCGCAGUUCGUUUGAUCGGCUUGCCAGCAUGUCACCGGCUGCUCGACGAUUGGCUACUAACAAGCUCGGGUUUCUAGGCACACCUAAUCCGCUUGCCUCACCGGUCGGUUCGAGUGGCCUAAGAACGCCAGUAAUGAGGCUGGGAAGUGGCCGAAUUAGUAGUGGUAGCAACAAUAAGCCUCGAAAUGUCACACCAUCCCCGAGGGCAAUCGUGAGAAGAAAGACACCGCUCGUUGGAGCGAAUGUGGCAUCGAAGGGUGCCAGUACGGAUUUGACGGAUGAUCUGCUAGAUAUCCCCACCGGCGGCAAACGCACGAAGGCGGCCGAUUUCUUUUAAGGCUGUAGCAGAACUGAUUGCUGGCUGGAAAAUAAGACGAAUUUUUAUAGUCUUAUUUAAUAUACGAAUCCGAUUUUGACGCAUGUAUACUCUUUUAUUUUGCUCUCUCCGUACAAGGUCUUCGUAAUCUCACACUAAACUCUGAUGUUCAUGUAGGAAGAGCAGCGAAGAUCUGCACACACUACUGCUUACUAUCAAUCUAAGGAACACACUGAACACUACGCUACGGGAAUGUUUGAUAAAUUCUACAACACAUUUUCCAUCUCUCCCUUUACAUUAAGCUACGAUAAUUGAGAAUAAUGGGAACACCUUGACAGACAAGUUAAGCGGCAAGGUGCUAUGUUUUCAUGAGAUCAAGCAACAACCGCUCGAUUGCCACCUCACCGACCGUCUUGCGGAACAGCAUCUCCUGCAGUACUUUUGCGUUGGCUGCCGCCUUGAUGGCCGGAAGCAGCAAUAGCAGAUGGCCUAGCCGUACACCACCACACUUUUCAUGCAGCAGUGCAACGGUUUGAUCUUGAAGCAGCAGAACCUCGUGCGCUGCAUACAGUCGGGGUUGAUCCGGACGGAAAAGAACCAGCGCUUUCAGACAGGCCGCCUCCCGAUAGUCAACGCGUGCGAUACCGAACUGCUGGAUGGCACUUUGUAGCUUCACAGCCUGUGGAUUCCUUACGAUGAAUUCUAGUGUGGGAGAAUGGAACGGAAGGCGCCAACAUGUUCAGGAGGGAUGCUUCCUUCAAUAACGCAAUACGCAAUGUCCAAUAUCUUACCAUUGUCAAUAGGAAGUCCCCACUGCGCUGCAGUGAUGACAAACAGUUCUGCCCAUGCUUCCUCGAGCAGCAGCUUUUGAUCAUUGGCCGGUAGUUGAAGGAACGAAGGUACCGUUUUCGCCCACUUCACCGCCAGAAAGAGCAACUUGGCGGCUGAUUCCAGCAGCAUGUCCGUUUCGCUCUUUCCCCCAUGCAUUGGACCAACAGUUCCAGCGGGGGAAAAUAACAGCUGAUGUUGGUAUUGCUGUGUUGUAGCACCCGAUCGUGGAGGACUAUCCUCACCCGUGCUGGUAACUUCAUUCUCCUUGGCCGAGCUGAGGCUGAGAAUGGAACUGAUCGAGUGGAUUGGUGGUGGCGCCGGUAAGGACAGCGAAUCUCCCGUAAUACUAUUGAACAUUGAUUCCGUAAUGGUGGCGGUGGUAACCUGAUUUGCUUCGCUCGAUUUGGACAUCACCGUAGCUGCUGGUAAUGGAACCGGUACCUGUAUCAAACCGGAUCCAGGCGGUAAACCAGUGACAGUAGGUUUAAAUGCCGUCGGUGUGGUAGUCCUUGCCGUUGGUGGCGGGAAAUGAUCGAAGCUGGUGGAGCUGGCUGCGGCAGCUGCAAGCGAUUGAGCUGCGUACGGCGAGAGGAAACGGGCAGGAUCGGCGAGCGGUGCAAAUGGACCGGAUGCCGUCGCGGCCGUGAUGUGCAAUGGUAGUGGGAAAAAUAAGUUCGUCUGGGGCAAUGCGAAGGAUGUGCGGGAUGCGUAGUAAUCGCCGUGUGCGGAAAGACCAUUAACGGUGGCUGUCAGCGGUGUACAGUUCCUUGGUGCUCGUUCAUGUUGGACGGCUAGCGAAGAGAAAGAGAAAAGAAAGUCGCUGUGUGAAAUACUACACGGGGAAAUCGGAAAACACACGACAUCGAAGAAAGUUACACGCGUGUCAGCCGGUUCGGUUCCCAUAGGACUGAUUAUUAUGUCGGGUAGUGUCUACCAGGAGUUGCCCAACUACGACUUUUUAUCCCGGUUCGCUGAUGGAAGAUAAAUGAGGGAAUAUGUGUAGUGUUUGAAGUCUAGGAAUUGAACCAUGGCCAUAAGUCAAUUGUAUUUAUUUGAUUCAACGGAGGUUUUCGUUAUUGACCAUCGCAAACCCCUAUGUCCGCCAAGAAUCCUGAAUGAAUUAGAAAAGAAUAUUUUAUCGUCACGUUUGAAAUUGUGAGAAUUUUUUUUCACAACGUUGGAUUUUACACCACACUCUUCCAGGAAAAUUAAAACAUGGAUGGACUAUA